CCCCCGCAGGCCCUGGCCAGAACGGGUUCAGAUGCGAACCACGCGCAAGGUGUCCGUCUGGCCGGUGGGCCUGGUUGGCGGGCGGCGCUACGAACGUCCCCUGGUGGAGAACGGCAGAGUGGUCGGCUGGUACACCGGCUGGAGGGCGGACCGGCCUUUCGCCAUCGACAUGGCAGGAUUUGCUGUAAGUCUUCAAGUCAUCUUGUCCAACCCAAAAGCUGUAUUUAAGCGUCGAGGGUCCCAGCCGGGGAUGCAAGAAUCUGACUUUCUCAAACAGAUAACCACCGUGGAAGAACUGGAACCGAAAGCAAACAACUGCACCAAGGUCCUCGUGUGGCACACUCGGACAGAGAAGGUCAAUCUGGCCAACGAGCCCAAGUACCGCCUGGACACAGUGAACAUCGAGGUGUAGCGUGCCCGGCCGGUGGGGGCGGGAGGGUGCUGGGCGGCAGGCUGCAGAACGUUCAGGUACUGUGGGCUCUGCUUCAGUGCAGCCGCCUGCACCGUCACCCGGCGGACGUCUGCUCCAGCAGAGCUUGUGAGCUAGCGAAAGCGACUGGAUGGUACAGAAUGUGUGUCUUGUCUUCAUCUGUCCUGCAUGUUUUCUCUACAGUUUAACUGGAAGAUUCUGUGUGGUAUGGCUAAAGCACACUGCAAACUGUCAUUCUAAGUGUCUUAUGUACUUUUCUUUCCCCAUUUGGCCUUAUAAUUGGUAGAAUUGUGAACAGGCUUUAGAAACCAAUGAUGAGUAUUUUGUCAACUAAACAUUCUCAAUUCCUGACUUUGCAACAUGAACGUUUGGAAGUUAAUGGGAAGAACACACUAUAGCGGGAAGAAAAACCAAAAACCUCACAGAAAGGUCUAUGGAUUCACCUGUUUAAUAUAGGGAAAUAACAUUUUGUCAAUACUAGGCACCAUAAAAUGUAAACACAAUUACUGUCAUAAACCUGGAUAUACCUUCAAGGAUUGAAAGUAGCUUUGUUUUAGUUACCCUGUUUGCAUAUAGUGCAGAAAAGGUCUUCAUGUUUUAGCACUAUGUACAUUAGCAAUCCAAAUUCAAGAGGCAGAUAAAAUUUGAAUUCUUUAAACAUUCAUUAAGUUCUAUAAUAACAUCCAGGUUUAUCUUCCUUUCACUAACCACGUUCCCUGUUAAAGCACAUCGUAACAACAGCACAGUGAGGUGAAUGAUGAAAUAAAAAGAAUUUUGAUACACUAGAAAACAGUGCUCAGUGAUACAUUUACAUUCUAUUUAUAUGAUUAAACAUUUGAUCAUACAGUACCUUCCUACGGAUUACUGGCUAAUUUGGGGUGGGGUUUAUACUGUUAGAGGUAUUACUAACGUAACUACUUCCCUUAUAUGCAAACAUUAGAGCUAUAAUUUUAUUCAGAGUAAAACGGAUUAUGCAAGUUGACUGGGCAGCUUCUCAAAUAAUGUGGCUUUAUGAAAUCAGGGAAAUAUGAGCAAAGCUGCCCUGGACAUGAAAUGGUUUCUCAACCUGCUUUUCACCACAUCAAAAUAAUCGGCACAGACCAACACGGUCAAUCAGGUCAUUCUUAAUAUGAACAGACGGGGGGAGAAAACAAUUGUAUGUACAUGA